AUUAUAAUAAUUAUUUGGUAGUGUGAAGCUGAUAGUUGCAUUAGUAUAACAAACUCAACAAGUAUGGUCGUGUUACUGCUGCUAUACUGUUGUUGUUUGCCUUAUGUGUGGACCCAUGAUGAUGUAGUAUCCAACAGUUCGGACGGAUCACCUGUCAACAGUUCCCGCGACUACCAGUACUACCACGAAGCUCUGACUUCCGGAGAAUCAAAUGCUACAAAUGAUUUCGGUUGGAGGAUUUGGGGCGGAGACUACAUACCCAUCACUGAGGCACCGUACGCCGUGUUGUAUGGCUGGGGGUGUAGCGGUACCCUCAUCGCGCCCAACUGGGUGGUCACCGCUGCCCAUUGCGACAUCCAAUACUCCGUACAUGUCGGAUCGGAGUUUUCAGCUGCUACCCAGGAAUACGCCGUGAUAAGACACGUGUUCCACCCGGGCUGGUACAGUUUUCCGAAGAUUCAUAGGCUUGACUUCGAUUGUCUCCUAGUGCAGCUGGCCUGGUUUGUCCCUGAAACGGCCUACACGAGGCCCAUCGCUUUUGGAGGUUACGAAGAUCUUAAUGUGGGACAAAUCGUGACUAUAAGUGGUUGGGGCCAUACGACAUAUGAGUUUAACAAGUUGAGAGAAAACAGUGUGAGUUCAGACCUACUGAAAGCGGUGCAGAUGACGGUGAUCGACUUCAACUAUUGCGCAACGACCGCAGUUCAAUUCCAAGCAGCCAAGUACGGCGAAUUCGCUGAAAUCUCGCCACGGAUGGUCUGCGCAGAAGGCAAUUUAGGAGGUGCCACUUGUUUUGGUGACUCCGGGGGUCCAGUGGUGGCUAACAACAGGCUAGUGGGGAUAGUGUCGUGGGGGGUGCACUGCGAGCCCCUGCUCAUGUUCACCAACUUGGUAAUGCUAAAGGGUUGGAUCAGCGAAACUACGGGACUAAUAUUGAAAUAAAGUUAAACCAUUUUUUUAGGACGGAACACAGAUAAAUUUUUAUUCUUUCCUUUUGAUGGAAGCGUCAAGCUUG